AUGGCCUACCCUACUGCUCUCACAACCUCAAUCGAUAACUCUCGAUUGAAACUCCUCAAUAAAAUCAAGGCCGGCGAGUUCCCGCUUAUGACCUUCAUGGCCAUUCCCUCCAUUCGCCAGGCCCAGAUCGUUGCCCUAACUGGAGUCGACGGUAUCAUCAUCGACUGCGAGCACGGACAUAUUGGCGACGAUGCCAUGCACAAUUCUGUCGCUGCUAUCUCUGCCCUUGGAGUCUCUCCGGUCAUUCGCAUCCGCGGCCCUGCUCACGAUAUUCUCAAGCGCGCCCUCGACACCGGUGCCCAUGGCAUCAUGGUCCCUCAGAUCAACAACGCCCAAGAAGCUGAACAAAUUGUGGCUUCCUCCAAGUUCCCUCCCCAGGGUGUGCGCGGCCAAGGCUCAGCCUUCCCUGCUAUCGGCCACGGCCUCACAACUCCCGAGUACAUGAAGUCUGCCAACGAGACAAUCAUCACCAUGAUUCAAAUAGAGACCCGCGCUGGUGUCGAAAACGUUGAUGCUAUCUGCGCUGUGCCCGGUGUUGACCUAGUGUUCAUUGGUCCCAAUGACCUUGCCCAGUCUCUGCUUGGAUACACACCUGCACGCGGCGACGAGCCUGAGUUCGUCUCUGCUGUUGAUAAGAUUAUUGCUGCUGCGCGCAAGCACGGCAAGUGGGCGGGUCGCAUGGUCAACAAUGGCGCUGCCGCUAAGGAGGCACGCGAAAGAUAUGAUACCGUUGCCAUCACUGGUGAUACUAAGGCCAUCCAGAACUGGUAUAUGGCAGAGUUCGAGGUUGCUCGCUCAUGA